CUAAUUGCCCUCUUUUUUUCUGGAUAAAAGGAAGCCCUAAAAAGACAAUCCAUACCCCUACCUUCUCAUUCUUCGUUUUCCCCUUGUGCCCUUGUUGCCCUUUUGCUUCAAAUUUUCUGUGUUCCCCAUCCCUACCCUCAGCCCUCUUUCAGAUUUUCGAAACUUUUAGCACUUAGAACGUCAAGUUGUGUGGCGAAAUUUGGUUUUUAUUAUCGCUUGAUCCGUUGGAGGCUCGGUUUUCUAAUUUUUAUCGCACCUGGAACCUUCAGUUGUAGGUUGAAAAUUGGCUUUGGUUGUCGCUGGAUCUGAUAGAGGCUUGCAGGUCUAGAUUGAUGCUUCUUGUUCUCUGGAACUUGUGACAUUUGUGAGAGUAAUAUCAUGGAAAACCAUGACAUGAUUGUUGGAUCAAGGCCAGACAUAUCAUCCCUUCAGAACCAAUUAAGACAUGAACAGAAUUUCGUGGGCAGACAGAAUCAGAAUCAUACCUCUGAACUGGGACAGACACAGAACCUCAAGCAUGAGACUGAAUUAGGAGAGAACAAUAAUCAUCGCAUAACUCUAACACAACACCAUGAUCAUGAUCAUGAUCAUGAUCAUGAACUACUUCUAGACCAUGAAAUUGCAACCAUGUCACAUCCACAUAAUCAUGGAAACGAAGCCACAACCGAAUUCGAUGACACCAAUCAACAACACGACAACAACCAAUACAACGAUGGUGUCACAAAUCCCGAUUCCCAAUUAGUCCUUUCAGAUCAAUGUCACGAGAUGGGUUUAUCCAACGAUCACGGAUUACCCGUUGUAGAUAACAACCACGAGCUUGUGGUACACCAGAACACUGCUGACAUGGGCGUAGUAGUACCUCUUCCUCUAUCUUUUCACAGACCCGAUCUCGUCCUUACAACUCCAGUAAUCCAAAGCCGAACAGUGGCUCCUCCAAACUACGAAUUAAUGGUGGGUCAAGAGUUUCCAGAUGUCGCCAGCUGUCGUAGGGCUUUAAGACACACUGCAAUCGCUCUUCAUUUUGAGAUACAAACUGUUAAAUCUGACAAGACACGCUUCACUGCUAAAUGUGCAAGCGAAGGGUGUCCUUGGAGAAUCCAUGCUGCUAAAUUGCCAGGUGUACCAACUUUCACAAUCAGAACAAUCCACUCGGAACAUAACUGUGGUGGAAUCGCGCAUCUUGGACACCAACAAGCUUCGGUUGACUGGGUUGCGAAUACAGUAGAACAACGCCUCAAAGAAAAUCCACAAUGCAAACCGAAAGAGAUUCUAGAAGAGAUCCACCGUGUUCAUGGAAUCACAUUAUCGUACAAACAAGCGUGGAGAGGUAAAGAACGGAUCAUGGCAGCUUUACGUGGUUCGUUUGAAGAAGAUUACCGAUUACUCCCUCAGUAUUGUGAUCAGAUUAGAAGCACGAAUCCCGAUAGUAUCGCGUCUGUUUACGUGAAUCCUUCUGACAACUGUUUUCAGCGGCUUUUUAUCUCUUUUCAAGCUUCGAUACACGGGUUUUUGAACGCGUGUAGACCGCUUAUCGGGCUGGAUAGAACCGUUUUGAAAAGCAAGUACCUGGGGACUUUGCUUUUAGCUACUGGGUUUGAUGGAGAUGGUGCUCUGUUUCCUUUAGCAUUUGGUGUUGUUGAUGAAGAAAACCAAGACAACUGGAUGUGGUUCCUUUUGGAGCUUCAUAACUUGUUAGAAAUCAACACCGAAAACAUGCCGAGGCUUACGAUUUUGUCAGACAGACAGAAGAAUAUCGUGGAAGGGGUGGACAAAAACUUCCCAACCGCUUUCCACGGGUUCUGCAUGCGCCACCUCAGCGAAAGCUUCCGGAAGGAGUUCAACAACACGAUGCUGGUGAACCAUCUUUGGGAUGCAGCCAACGCGCUUACAAUCAUGGAAUUCGAACAGAAAAUCCUGGAAAUCGAAGAGGUGUCGCAAGAAGCGGCGUACUGGAUCCGACGCGUUCCGGCCCGGUUGUGGGCCACCGCGUAUUUCGAAGGGACGCGGUUCGGCCACCUGACGGCAAACAUCGUGGAAUCGUUGAAUGUAUGGAUUCUAGAAGCUUCCGGACUCCCGAUCAUCCAAAUGAUGGAAUGCAUCCGUAGACAGCUGAUGAUGUGGUUCAACGAGAGGCGUGAAGCCAGCAUGCAGUGGACUUCGAUUCUGGUCCCGACGGCGGAAAGACGGGUGUCGGAAGCGAUUGAUCGCGCGCGGACUUAUCAGGUGUUGAGAGCGAACGAAGCGGAGUUUGAGGUGAUAUCGCAUGAAGGGACGAAUAUCGUUGAUAUAAGAAACCGGAGGUGUUUGUGUCGGGGGUGGCAGCUUUAUGGGCUUCCGUGUGCACAUGCGGUGGCGGCUUUGCUGUCGUGUAGGCAGAAUGUUCAUAGGUUUACUGAGAGUUGUUUUACGGUUGCUAGUUAUAGGAAGGCGUAUUCUCAAACGAUACAUCCGGUUCCUGAUAAGACAUUGUGGAAGGAAAUGGGGUCUUCACAAAUAGGGGAAGGGAGUAGUGGUAAUAAUGUUAUGGAUAUUAUUAUUAACCCUCCCAAGUCCAUUAGACCACCGGGGAGGCCCAGGAAGAGGAGGGUUAGGUCCGAGGAUCGAGGCUCCGUCAAACGGAUCGUGCAUUGUAGUCGGUGUAAUCAAACCGGCCACUUUAGAACUACUUGUUCCGCUCCGAUAUGAUAUGAUGUGAUGAAACUGGUUCCGUCUCCGGGGGCGUUUAUGUAAUUUGAGUAGUUGAUAGAGAGAAAGACAGACAGGUGAGUUUGAUCUUUGGAUGAAAGAAUUAAGAAUAUGAGAGGUGAAGAAGAAGAAGAAGAAGAAGAAGAAGGUGGGUUAGUUUUGAUGGGAUAAUGAUUAUGUGAAGGAAAUGAUGGUAAUCUCGUCUGGAACCGGAAGUGGAAACAUCUAUUCUAUGGUGAGGUAGUUAAAAAUCGUGUGUAGUGACAGUGUAAAUUUUAAGUUUGAAUCUGAUUUACGUUUAUGUGUUAUGUUCUAAAGCAAAAUGUUUUGCGUGAGGUUUUAUUAUCAAAGUCUGUCUGUCUGGCUUAAAAGGUCCUCUUUGUAAUUAUGGGCUAUGGCCAGUUAAGGUUCAGAACAUCAGAUAAGAUGAGACUUCUCAUAAAGAAAUUUUAACAAAAGGGCCUGGUGAAAGACAUGGUCUUUUGUUUAUGGCUUUUGGUGGUA